UUGAGUCUGUUGCCUUUGUGUAAUUGGCCUUGCGCUGAGUCCUGGGAACUAAAGAUUGAAGAAAUUCCAGCAGAGGGGAGCCGGGCCUUUGGCAAAGUGUGCUCAGGGAUUAAAGAAGGAGGGAAACAUUCUGAUGCAUGAGGAGAUUGCCGAGUCAUUUAGGAAGAGAAGAGUGGAAGAACGAGAGGGAGACAGGGGGUGAAGUGGUUCAGCACCCUGGUCCCUUCCUGGUGGGGCGUGGGCGCUCAACUCCAAGGAUUAAUUUUGUUACUCGGCCAAGGCAACCGUGUCAGCUGUGCAAGCCAACGGAGAUGAAAUAGACCGUGACAGAUAGACGUUUGUGACGGGCUGAUAUCUCUGUGCAUUUGCAGCUGACCACUAGACAAAAAAUGAUGGAGAGAAACAAGGAGUAAGGAUAUCUCUGAUCCCUGUACGCAUCCAACCCUGAUGCAUCAUGACGGCUGUUGAGCAGAAGGCAAUGGGUGACAUUGGGGAGUAUCCCGACCAGCCACUGCAAGAUAGACAGAUGAUGAGCGAGAAGGUAGCCAACAACAUGAUUAAGGACAACAUCCAGCCAUUUGGGAUGGACAAGGCACUGUGUAGUGAUCUUAAGACUGCUGGAGCAGACCUGGAAGACACAGAAGAUGAUGAAGACAUUAAAAUCAACGGUGAUUCGAAAUCUGAAGACGGCGGAUCACAGCAUCAACACGAAAACGGACCACGAAAGGAAAAUGGACCACCGGAGGAUGUAGCUUGUUCAGAAUGCCAUGGACAAUUCACCAGUUUACAAACGUACAUGGAACACCGAUGCAAAGCCUCCAAAUUUUCCUCUCAGCAGCAGAAUGAGAGUGUUGAAGAGUGCGACACAGCUGGUGAGAGUGAUGGGGCCGUAUCCAUGAGCGGAGAUGAAAGUGAACUCAGUGACAUGGAGAAUUUUGAGGGUGAGAUUGUUUAUAGGCCCGACGGGUCUGCUUAUCUCGUGGAUGGAUCGGAGCUGUCGGAUAAUGAAAGUGCCCAACACCAAUCAACGAACCCACCAAGUGUUGACCGGCAGCCAUUAAAGGACACCGGCAAUAUGUCUGCCUACCCAGGGAUUGUUAACUCCCUACAUGUACCCGCCUACAUGACCAUUGGCAACCUGGCACAGUUCAGCAUGGGCCAGCUUGCCACUCCUAUAGUGCACAGCUUCCGCGUGUAUGAUGUAAGAACAGGCAAGGAAAAUGACCAAGAAAGCACAGAGACUAAGCCACAGGAGGAAGAGCAUCAUUCUGUCAGCGAGAAUGCUGUGGAGGGCCAUGGUAAGCCCAUCCUCAUGUGUUUCCUGUGCAAACUGUCCUUUGGAUUUGCCAAGUCCUUUGUUGCCCAUGCAAGCAAUGACCACAAAUUGACUCUCAAUGAAGAGGAGAGAAAAAUCAUGGCCCGCAAAGGCCAGUCAGCUAUUGUACAGGGUCUUGGAAAGGAAAAGAGCCCCCUGUUGUCCUUCCUUGAAGCCACUGCCAUCAAAUCACAGCCCAGCCAUCUACCAAAUUUCAAACACACACCACCUUCCAGUGAAUAUUUGCAAACUGUGUUUCCAUCAGCCACGUCGUCAGUUAGCUAUGUGUAUCCCGUAAACGUCACCAUCAGUACUAGCUCUCCCCUCACUACCACUGUCACAGCUACCUCAUCUCGCACAUCACAUCAGGAUAGUGUUGUGGCUGCAGACGUGGACACUGUCUCUGGCUCUGGUAGUGAAGGACUGAAUGUACCGGAAAAACAAGCACCACCUGGUCUCCUUGCAAUCGCCAAAAGUGAGACUGAUUCUUCAGGACCAAAUAAGGACAAUAGUGUUUCCCUCGACAAUGAAAACAAUACUAAGAAAUGUGUAGAUAUGCCAAGUGCUGAACAAUCUGAAAUACUCAACAAGGACUGUUCUUCUCCAGAGAAUAGUCAUUCCGCAGAAACUGCCGAAGGGUCAUUGGCACCGAAAAAAGACUGUUGCAAACCGUUGGCUGAAACUGCACUGGAAACUUCAAGUCCUAGUUUUUCAACAAAAUACCUGGAGCCAAGGAAGGCAGAUGUAAGACAAAGCCCAAGUCCAAGCACCAGUUCGAACUGUCAGACACCCCGUCAACAAGAGGCUGAAUCUCCUUACCCUGGGAGCUUAGCUGAAGAGAGCUCCUCCCCACGACCAAGCAGUCGAGACACCUGCACCCCCUCUGAUUGCUGUGCUUCCAAUGGGAAAAUCUCCAGUAGUGUGGAGUGUCCAAAGUGUGACAUGGUCCUGGGCUCAUCCCGCUCUCUAGGUGGGCACAUGACUAUGAUGCACUCUCGAAACUCCUGCAAGACACUGAAAUGCCCCAAAUGCAACUGGCACUACAAAUACCAGCAGACACUAGAAGCACAUAUGAAAGAAAAGCAUCCAGAGAGCGAGUCCAAAUGUCCCUAUUGCGAGACCAAUCAGACCCAUCCACGGCUGUCUCGUGGUGAAACAUAUACGUGCGGGUACAAGCCAUACCGCUGUGAUAUCUGCAAUUAUUCCACUACAACCAAGGGUAACUUAAGUAUUCACAUGCAGUCGGAUAAGCAUCUAAACAAUGUUCAAGAGCUGCAAAAUGGAAGUGACCAGUUAUUUAUGCAUACCAGCAAAGUAGGAGGUGAGAUGCCUCCAACACUAUCAUCCACAUCUUCAACCAAAGCUAAGCCUAAGCAUACAUGGCGAUGCGAUGUGUGUGAUUACGAGACCAACGUGGCACGCAAUCUUCGCAUCCAUAUGACAAGCGAGAAGCACAUCCACAACAUGAUGGCCAUCCAGCAGAACGUCAGUCAAAUGCAGAGAGAAAUGCAGACAAACCUGACUGGCUUCCAACCCGAGGAGUCUAUGUACAUGUACAUGGCCCAGAAUAUGCUCCCAAUCAUGGCCCAAGGAGCGGAGGGUAUGGACAUGCAGAGCAUGAUGAACUAUAAUUAUGACCCAGCGGCUUAUGCCGCUAUGAUGGGCAGCAUGGCUCUUGGUGUGGCUCCCACCCCUGACCAGCCACGGACGCAGGAAGAACAAGCUAGUGUCUCACCAGAUGACCUCCAGAACAACGAACCCCUGAGGUUGUACCAAUGCUCCGUCUGCAACAAGUUCAGCACUGAUUGUCUGGGCACGCUGCAACAACACAUCUCACGGGAUCGUAGCGAGCCAAAUGAGGAGCUUUGGCGCAUCAUAAUUGGGGACGUGCAGCAGUGUGCUCUCUGCAACUACACUACCCAGGUGAAAGCCAAUUUCCAGCUCCAUAUGAAGACCGAUAAACACCAGCAGAAACUGCAGCUAUUCAACCACAUUAGAGAAGGAGGCAAGCAAAAUGAGUGGCGGCUGAAGUACAUGAAUGUUGGCAACCCAAUUCAGCUUCGUUGCAAUGCCUGUGAUUACUACACUUAUAGCACGGACAAGCUUCACACCCACACCCACAGUAGUAACUACCGCCAUGAAACAAGCAUGAAGCUCUUCCGGCACCUGCAGAAAAUCAACAUCACCAUCAACCCUGAGUCUCGUACCUUCCACUGCCCCCUGUGCAACUACUCCACCAAAGCCAAACUCAACUUGAUACAACAUGUCCAAUCUUUGCAGCACAUUAAGAAUGAGGAAAAGUUGACCAAAGCUUCACCAAAGGAAGGGUUGACAGCUGAUGGUGCUUUGGAUCUUUCAAGGAAAGACAGACCAUCACCAACUUCUACUGCCUCUACACCAAGGGACCAAGAUAAAGAAACUGGAGAGCCCGAAGCCAAACGUCCCAAAUUACCUCAGGAGAGUUCUUCAUCAGGGAGACCCAGAACAGAAUCACGCAGUAACCCAAACACUACUCAGAUAUAUUCCUGCCCGUAUUGUAAAUACAGCAGCAUUGAUCAGCAGCGUAUAUCAGCCCAUGUGGUGUCCCAGCACAGUAUCAAACCUCAGCCAAUUUUGCGUUGCCCCCUGUGUCAGGAAGUCUGCACCAACAAGAUUAAUCUGGAGGUCCACCUGAUGGACGCUCACAGUGUCUCCCGGGAGUGCAUGCAACGAUUGAUGUUGACCAGUGAAUGGGUGAUGCCGACCACUGCCACCCCUCCAGCUACCACACCGCCAUUCAUCCAGGGUACCAAUCCUGCCAUGGAAGCAUUGGCACAGGCUGGCCUGAAACCUCCCCCUGCUGAGUCACCAGCACCACCCUCCAUAGAACCAAUGAAGAUGGAAUUGCAGGAAAAACCAGCACGAGAAUCUCCAGGACCCUCAAGCGACACCGAGAGUACAGAUUUAUACCGUUGCCAGAAGUGUCAUCUUGUAUUUGCCAACAUCGAUCAACUCUAUGCCCAUCAGGACCAAAGCUGUCCCCUCACUGAGCAGGACACCCCAGGCGGACCAGGUUUUCUCUGCUGGAAGAAAGGUUGUAACCAGUAUUUCAAAACUGCCUCUGCACUUCAGAUGCACUUCAAGGAGAUCCAUGCCAAACGUCAGCAGUCUGCCAGUUCUGAACGCCACAUGUACAAGUUCCGCUGCACUCAAUGUAGCCUUGCUUUCAAAACCGAAGAAAAGCUGAACAAUCACAUGCAGUAUCACCUGUUGCGUGCUGCUACUAAGUGUCCUGUGUGCCAGCGCAUGUUCCGCUCAGUCCCUGCCCUACAAAAUCACAUUGAGACAUCCCAUCAGGACCUGAGCAAUGCCGAGUUGCUUCAGUACUAUAACUCAGUAUCAAAUGGAGACAUGGUGCCACCAUCCAAACCUGUUGAGGAUUCCCCUAGCUUCGAUGAAGUUCCUAAUGAAAAUGAGCAGGUUGAUCGCUUAGAUCCAUCACAAGAUGAGAGUCAGAUGGAGGCUGAAUCUGUAGAUGGAACCAUUGAUAGUUCUGAUGCCGGUAAAGAUGAUGCUGGUCGACAGGUAGAGACUCCCAAUAGCCAGGAAGUUGAUAGUCUCUCCGAGGAUGGGAGUCAAGAUGGGGGCAAGUACAUUGACGAUGGUUCUUACACUGAUCCUGUCCGAAAGUACAAAUGCCAUAGAUGUCGGUUGGGCUUCAUGCGUCAGAGUGAGCUGAGCAGCCACAAUAAAACAAUGAUGCAUCGUAAAGGUGACCGCAGCUUGACUGCCUUCCAACUCCAGAGAUACUGGGACCCCAACCGCCCAUAUAAGUGUGAUGUAUGCAAAGAAUCCUUUACUCAGAAGAACAUCUUGUUGGUGCAUUACAACUCUGUCUCUCACCUUCAUAAAUUAAAGCAGAGUUUGAAUGAACCCACCGAAACCGAGGCUUCAGUUGAAACUGGUGAUGGGAAACCUUAUCGCUGUAACUUGUGUAAAGUUGCCUACAGUCAAGCAACCACAUUAGAAACACACAUGCGUUCUGUACUGCAUCAGAGCAGGGCAGCCAAACAAGAGCUCCAAGGCACUAGUACGGAGCGGGAAGAGGCUACUCUUGAACAGAACAGCUCUGUGGAAAAUGGUGAACUGACUUCCCCGAAGGCUCCAGGAUACUCAACUCCCCAGCAGGUACAAGAAAUUCAUGCACAACAGCUCCAACAAGCUCAAGCAGCCCAGCAGAUGCAGCUUCAGAUGCAGCAAAUACAACUCCACCAGUUACAGCAACUACAGCAGGCUCAGCUUCAACAUUUUCUGCAGCAGCAAGGUGUGACCCAGAUUCAGUCUGAGGCUGCUCAGCAAUUGCAGGCCGAGCUGGCACUUGCAACAUUGGCAGGAUUCCCUCCAGGUAUGAUGCUACAACCUGGGCAGAUGCUUCCUCAGCCAUGUGUUUACAGCUGUAAUAAAUGCUCCUCGGUCUUUGUGAGCCAGGAGGCACUUGCACAGCAUCAGCAGACGCAAUGUAGGAGUGCACCAUCCUCAGAAAGUGCAACUACUCCAGCAACACCGCCGGCCACCCCCAAACCAGGUAUUCCUGAGGCUUCCAUUAAUCAACAUCCAAGACGGAUUCGCACAUCUCAAGUGCAACGAAAGCUUCUUGAAAGUUAUGGCUUUGACCUUGUGCAACAGUUUAAUGAAUUUGCUCAGGGUCUACCAGCUAGCAUUGCCCAGGAAGACAAAUUUUACUGCAGUGAAUGCUCCAAGGAGUUUUCCAGUAUCUUUGUCUACAAAGCUCAUCUGGAAGAGCUUCACAAGAAGGUUUUGACCAUCAAAGAAAUUGAGAUGUAUUCAAAGAAAUUUAAAGAUGAGUUGUUGGAGAACAAUUUCGAAGAUGAGGAUAAAACAGAAAACGAUAAGCAAGACAAAGAUGAUAAGCAGAGUGAGAAGCAAAUUGAGCAAAAUGGGGAAGUCAAAGAGGAACCUAAUACUGACGGAUCGACUCACACUCAGAUGACUGAGGAACAGCAUAUCGCAGCCCAACUUGCUGCAGUGCAGUAUCUCCAACAAACACAACAGGGUCAGAUGUCUGCAUCUCAGUCCAUGCCUCCUCCUCCUCCACCACAGAUGCUACUGUCAAGUGCAUUCCCAUUGUCCAUGAUGCAGUCCAUGCAGCCGCUGCCUGGGAUGCAAAAUUUUGGUGGCAUGAUGCAAGGAAUAACUCCUAGCCAGGCCACUAUGCCUGCCAUGCAGGCUGUCCAGUAUGUGGAUCCCAACUACAUGCAGAAGUCACCAAAACGUGCUCGCACACGCAUAACUGAUGACCAAUUGAAAAUCCUGCGGGCCUACUUUGACAUUAAUAACUCUCCUACUGAGGAACAGAUUGCAGAAAUGUCACAGAAAUCUGGGCUGCCCCAUAAGGUCAUCAAGCACUGGUUCCGAAACACUUUGUUCAAAGAGCGACAGAGAAACAAAGAUUCACCCUACAACUUCAACAACCCUCCUACCACCACACUCCAAGAUGUGGAGAAAUCUGCUCAGUUGAAAGCAAAGCAAGAGGUGGCAGCAGCUCAGGCAGCUGCUCUGGCAGCUGAGCAGGCAGCAGCGGCUUGUGCAGCAGCUGCUGCAGCUGCCGCUGCUGCAUCAGCUUCAGCAUCGGCUACAGAGGCAAAGCAAUCCUCGCCAGCUCCUGUUUCAGGCGGUGGUGGUUACAGCAACAGGAAGAGGAGCAGAGGAGGCAGCAGCUAUUUUAGUGAUGGCUCUUUAUCUUUGACAACUUCAGUGUCAACUCCAAUACCAGUCAUUUCACUGCCAUCAGCACCUCUGACACAACCUUCCCUGGUACGUGUACCCACAGCAACACCAACUGAUACUUCAAUAGCAUCAUCUGCAACUCUUUCUUCACCACCUGCACCACCUUCUGAACGUGAUUCUUCUCCAAAACCUGAGAUGAAAAAAAUUAAUGUAAAGCAAGAAUUGGUCCCUGAGAAAGUUUUUUCCGAGCCUGAACAACCACGGCCAAAGUCACCUACACCACCUCCAGCUGAUUUAGACACACCAAAAGACCCAAAGACUCCACCUGCGGAAUUUAAAACUCACAUUAAGUCAGAAAAUUCUCAACAGAAAUCCCCCAUUCAAAGAGACAGAGAAAGUAUGGCAAGUGUUAGUUCAGUUAAUAGUGUCUUCACAUCUGAACCACAAACAGGUUUUUGUGGCCCGCUGACCACUACAUCCUCACCGACUACGCCUACCUCAACCUACUCCGAGCUGGCCUCCCCUAUACUGUCACCAAUUUCCCCAGCUCAGCAUUCAAUGCCAUCUGCUACCUCCCCAACACGAAGUUGCAGUGGUUCAGGGACAAAACGCUCAGGCAGAACACGCUUCACAGAUUAUCAGGUCAAAGUGUUGCAAGAGUUCUUUGAGAAUAAUGCCUACCCAAAGGAUGAUGACUUGGACAACAUGUCACGAUUGCUGAAUCUAAGUCCUCGAGUGAUAGUGGUCUGGUUCCAGAAUGCGAGACAGAAGGCACGGAAGAUCUUUGAGAAUCAGCCUCUUGUGGACAGUGGAGACUCGGAAGGUGAGGGAAGCAAUCGCUACAAGAGAACCCCAGGUAUGAACUACCAAUGCAGUAAGUGUUUGCUAGUAUUCCAGAGAUUCUAUGAGCUGAUUCGGCAUCAGAAGUUGCAUUGCUACAAAGAUGAUGAGGGCAGCAACCGCUCUUCUCAGGUCAGUCCGAGUGGUGGUCCAUCCUGUACCUCACCCAUGGCAAAGAGCACAGCUAGCAGCACAAGUAGUGUCACUUCUGAGACCGUGUUCACCAAGUCUGAAGAGAAGGCACCCAAAAUGGAGGCUGAGCCAAAGGCUGAAUCUAAACCUUCAAGCGCUGUGCAGGAGAGUCAAGCUCCAGUAGUGCACUACCAGUGUGAGAAAUGCAGCCUUGUCUUCCCUCACUUUGAUCAAUGGCGGGACCAUCAGCAGGUGCACAUGAUGAAUAUGGGUCUGUUUGGUAGCUACCUCCCACAGCAGUUACCAUACAACAUGAUGUAUCUUUCGUAUCCUGAAGCCAUGAAUGGUGUUACUCCCGAGCAAUACUUAAAUUACCUGAGCAACAAGAAGGCAAACGAGUCUCCCACAAAAAGAAAGUUUUCUGAAACAAGUGAUGAUGUGAUGGGACCUUCCACCUCUGAAAGUCCAGGUGACAAUGGAGACCAGCCUAAAGAUAAGCGCCUCCGGACUACUAUAUCACCAGCUCAGCUUGAUGUAUUGUAUGCUAAGUACCGAGAGGACAGUAAUCCUACUCGCAGAAUGCUGGACAUGAUCUCAAAGGAGGUUGGGCUCAAGAAACGAGUGGUUCAAGUGUGGUUUCAAAACACUCGUGCAAGAGAGCGCAAAGGGCAGUUCCGGCUUUCUGGGCUUAAUCAGAUGUGCAAGUGUCCAUUUUGCAGGGCUCUUUUCAAGACCAAGUCGGCACUGGAGGCUCACAUUAGAACCCGUCAUUUUGAGCAACAAAUCACCAGCAGUCAAAUGGAAGCCAUUUUGGCUCAGAUGCCUGAGUGCGAGGAUACUGGAAUGCUGAGCCCUACGUUUGAAAACUCCUCUGGCAGCAAUCCCUAUUCCAUAAGUCCGAGCCUCUCCCAGGAUGGUGAACAUGCUGUUAAUCUGUCUUCCUCCCUGAAAAUCCGUCGAAAAGGAGAAGAAUUGAUUGUCAUUUCGGAUGACUGUAGUAGCCAAGAUGGAGCUGAAAAUGCCAAUGAGUCAGGGAAUUCUGAUGAGUCAGAAAUCAAGCAAAGAGUCAGGAAUGAUAGUGGGCAUGACUCUGAGGGAAACAGAAAAGAGCUGCCUAAACAGUGGGAGGGAACACCUUCCAGGAGUGGCAGCGAGUCAUCUCAACUACAAAUGGAUGAAGACUCCAUCAACAAAGAGUCUGACAUGCUGUCCCCUACCAGCAGUAUGGUCGGUGAAGACUUCUAUGAGAACACCCUAUCUGAGGCAGGUUCCAUGGAUAGAAGUGAGGAUUCGUUUAGUAAUCUAGAUGAGGCAGAGAGAAUGAGGAUGCGGGAAGCAAACAAGAGAUAUCGCACACAGAUGAACCAACUACAGCUGAAGGUUCUUAAACACUGCUUCGCUGACUAUCGAACUCCAACCAUGCACGAGUGUGAAUUGCUAGGACAGGAGGUGGGACUGCCCAAGCGAGUGGUGCAGGUCUGGUUCCAGAAUGCAAGGGCCAAAGACAAGAAAUGUAAGACAGUUGUUACCAAACAGUUUGGCAUGAUUGGUCCUGCCAGUGAUGGACUGCCUGAUAUGUGCAAGUUGUGUGGGGUCAAAUAUUCCAUGGCCAUGUCCGUGAGGGACCAUGUAUUCACAGAAGUGCACAUCCGUAGUGUCAAAAAGCAUGUUGGUCAGGAGAUUGAGAAGGAUUCUGAGGACAGUGCUCGGUUCUUGUCCCUUCAGCAGAAGGUGCAUGGUCAGCAACCGCAGCAACAGCAGCAACAGCAACAGCAAGCUGUACCAUCUGGCCAGCAAUUUUUACCAGCAGCUGCUGCUGCCGCCGCCCAUGCAAUGAUGCCAGCAGCUAUUAAUCCAGUUACUGCUGCUCAGAUCCAGACCAUUCAGGCAAUGCAUGCAGCACAGAUGAUUUCACCACAGAUGGCCUCUCAACAAAUGGCCGCUGUCGCAGCUGCUGCUGGUAUGCUACCAGGUUCCUCAGCAGGAUCCAGUAAGCAGGAAGGGAGGAAGGAUUCCAGCGUCAAACAAGAACCCAAAGACGAAGAACAGGCAGCUCAGCAAGCCAUAUUAGCCCAGCAACAGGCAGCGGCAGCAAUGCUAGCUCAACAACUGAACAUCCCAACAUCCAGGACGGAUCAAGCUCUAAUGUCGUACCUCUAUGGUGGUGUGCCCCCUUACUACUCCCAGAUGCAAAUGAUGUACCCUUUCUACGCUGGAGGCCAAGAAGCUGCCAUGCUUGCUGCUUAUGAACAGUCCAUGCAAGCUGCAGGGAUGCUCCCACAGAUGGCAGCACAUAUGUAUGUUGCCAACCCACUUGCUGCAGCAGCUCAGGUCCCAUCCAAGAGCACAGAAACACCAAGACCAAAGUCCAGCACCAGCAAGGAGCAGCAAGAAUCUACUUCCUUCCCUGGGGACAAGGACAAGCUGAUCCUCCGGCCAAAGUCCUCAACAAAUCGCUACCUCUGCAAAAAGUGCGAGAAGGUCUUCACGGACCAGGACUCGGUCACAUCUCACCAGGUCACUGCUUGCUACCUAGGUCAGGUUGUCAACACAGAUGAGACUGUGGAGAAGCUUCCAUCCAAUAGGUUCCUGUGCCAAGCCUGUCCCAGGGAGGUGCUGAUAACCGAGGAGGAUGUCAACAAGCAUCUGCAGUCGGGGGGACAUGAGAGGAACGCUGCUCUGAGACGCUCCAGCAGCAGUAGUAGCAGCAGAAAGAGUCAUAGCACCAAGCAUCACCGGCAUCACCAUCAAAGUAAGCACUGAAAAUUGUUGAUUCUGUAUAAAGAUUUAUCUUGUAAAGUGAUAUAAGAGUGAAAGGUAGACUUUGCUGAACUGUGUGCCUAUCAGCUCAUAUUACUCAGUAAAAAACCUGAAUGUGUGACAGCUAUAUAUGUUAUUUAGAAGAGAUCCAUGUUUGUUUGAAAUAUUUAAUUGAGACUAAUGUGGAUUCAUUUUAUGCAUAAAAUUUAAUUUGAGCCGAAGUUUGUCCUGUUUGAUGACGUUCAAACAUAAACUUUGCAAUUGUUAAAAGGCAUAAAUGAAGUUGAACUGCCAAACACAAACUCUUCUAUGGACCAAUAUGAAUUUUUUUUUUACCUAGCUGCCCCCACCUUUCCUAGUGGUUUUUUUUUUUCAUAGGAAUUAAGAAUACUUUCAGAUUGAUAAAUACUGAUAUAUGCACUGUUUGUCAUUGCCCACUGUCCUGAUCAGAAAAAGUUUAAUAAAUUUGUAAUAGCACCUAAGUUUGACUCUCUGAAAGUUGUACAUGUACAUAAAAAGCCAUGAAAUGGUAAAUUAUAAAUGGUGUUGAUUGUAACUGGUUCUAGUUCUAUGAUGGUGCCUGUAUUUCAUUUUGAUUUUUGUAAUAAACCGGAUUAUUCACGUGUACAGGUUUACUGUUGAUUAUCUUUGAAUAUUUUUACUGCAGGGAUUGGACAGAAAGGUUUUCAUGACCUGUCAAUACUUUGCACUGCGUCUUGCAUUCAUUUUUCAUUGUGAAACAGUGCUUAGUCGGAAGAAAACAAAACCAACGAAACUGAUUAUUUUUCUUUUGUGGGAUUUUUAUGUAAUUGAUGAGAAUCCAAACAACAUAGAAAACAAAGGUUAUAGCUUGGAAAGAAAAGGAAGAAAUGAUUGAAAUGACGUGUAAUAGGUGAGAAUUUCUUUGGAAAUUAAAGCUUCAGAUCUGCUUCUGGUGACACAGAUGGGAUGAUUUGAAUAUCAAAAGAAUUGUAUAAUUUGUAUAAAAAAGGAUGAUAGAAACAUGUAUGGCAGUAGAGUACAUGUUGCUGAUGUGUAGAAUUCAUAUAUUACUCACUGACACCGAUUAAAAGAACUAUUCACCAACUCCGUGUAGAUGGUUAGAUUUUGUGUGUAUAUAUAUAAGAUACCUAUAUGUACAAUUAAUAACGAUUUGUAGUAGAGUUUAGUAGUAUCCCCUCCUGUGUGAUAACUCUCCCAGCUUUCAGUGGACCAUGGCACAUAGAUGCCUCUAAUUUAAUAAAACACCUUAGUCUAGAUUUAACUGAUCAUCAGGACUGCAUUGAUCGCAGAGAUAUAUUUUUUGUCAGCUGUGCUUUUUUGUCGUCGCUAUUAUUUUUUUUAACAGAGGGAGAAAUUUUGCAAAUUGCAGUCGCUGUCUCUUGUGGUCACGGCUUUCUCUUGUUUCCUUGUCCGUUGUAUGGGAGUGAAUAAGUGAAUAGUGCGUUCACUGGUGUGGCUGCAUUGAGUGGAAAGAAUGGUACUAAAUGAAAUAAUGCAUGCCAUAGAAAUGGAAGAGUUCAUCACCAUAAUCGGCGUUUGAUUCUCCACGUUGGAUAAACAAGUGGGACCUGAAUGGGGCAUUUAACUGGAAUUUGUCCUGGGUGUCACACGAUACUGAUUUCUGAUCUGUGGGAGGCAUUCUCUUGUGUGGUUUCUGUAAACACCGGGCAGUGUAAGAUACAGAACUGUGUGGAUGAUCCCGCUGUGUAUCAAGUUUUAAUUAUUGAGAAGGGGGGUAAAAAGUGGGGCACAUAAUGUCGAUGUCCAAGUACAUUCUGACCGACUGUCAGAUUGUAACUUGAGAAACCAUGGGAGAUAGCCGGAGUUUAAUUUCCUGUAGUUGCACUUGAAUAUUAAAAAAAAAAAAAUCUGACCAAAUGAAAAAAAAAAAGGUGAAAAAGUCUGCAUGGGCAUGUGAAACUCUACCCUCCUGGUAUGAUGAAAUAGAAAUGUCAAUAGCCUAAAUGAAAUGGUGCAUAUCUUUUCAAGAGGUGCAGGGCAAAUAGAAUUGGACUUUUGUGCUGAAGUAUGUAGACUAGUCCGGUUAAGAGAUAUACUGUGAUGAGACACCAAACUGAGGUUGCUAAUAAGUUAUCAAUAUUCACUGUAAUUGUUGUAAUUCUGUACAGUUAAUGACUGCAAAGCAGUCCCUUUCAUUUGAUUUGGUGUCCAUUUUAAAAUUGGAGAUGGUCAGACGUAUCCUGAUUUUCUCAAAAAGAUUUAUUAGUGAUGUAUUUCAGAAGAGUCAAAAAAAGAAAACUGUGAGUGAGAUCAAUGAAAAAGUGGCUGACGUACAGUUCAUUUACGACCAAAACACUUAGUUUUAUUGGUUAUAUUUUUUUUGCUUGCUGCAUUUCUAUAAUCACAAAAACAAAAAUGAACAGCUUGUAUGAUGCGUUGAUAAUUUUUUUGAAAGAAUUUUAUUAAUAAGGUAGAAAUGACUAAUAACGUUUGAAGUACUACAGAUGUAAUUUAAAGAUGUAAAAGCAUACUAUUGGACAUAGAGUUAAGCUAAUUAGAUAUACACAGACCAAUGCAUCAAUGAAUUUUUUAUAGCCUGCCAAAAUAUCUAUAGAUACGGUGCACGAACUCUUAUCACAGAAUGAAUAAGUGUAGGGCUCACACAUUAGGUGUUGCCAGAGCACAAACCAGCACAGAUUUUUCUAUGUAGUGUUUAUUUUUUUGUAUUGCUGCUGUGUUGAUAUAUUUACAAAAUAAGUCAGUGUUUUCCCUGCAAGCUUUGAUUUAAGGAAGGAAAAAAAAUAAAUGAAAAUUUAAAAUAAACCAAAAAAAAAAAGAAGCUGUUUGGUCCCAUUAGAUUGUUGCUUAAAAGCAAAGAUGUCUUUGUCUAGUGUUGUAAUAUGUUCAUUGUACAUGGCAUCAGUCAUUGGCCAAAGGAGUAAAAAAGAAAUAUGGAAAUAGCUUUUUUCCAGAGCUUUUGAAACAAAAUGAAAAAUUUUAAAAAAAAAAAGCUGAAUGUGUAACCAGGUGUACAUAAUGUUAAAAUGAUGGUUAAUAUGUAGUGCAUUUGGUGUUUUCUUAACCCUUUUUUAGUUAAAGAAGCACCUGUAGAGGCCUGUUUGUAUGCAUGCCAUGUUUUUAUAACUGUCAAGCUUCAAGCACACAACGACCAAUUUAUCUGCUGAAUCUAAGCUUUGCGUAUUAUUGCUCUUGAACAAUGUACAUUGAGUUUUUUCCUUAAUUCAGAUGACCAAGAUUGUAUGGUGCAACUCUAUUUUAUGCAGCGAUCCGUCGUAGGAAACUCUGAAGUUUAAUUGCAACAAUUUAAUUCAAAAAGGGGUUGGGGAAUUCUUUUCUUUUGAACAUUACUGCUACCCUUGUGUUAUGCACUUCUGUGUCUCUAGGAUGUUUAGGGGGAAACUCUGAAUGCUAAAUAUCUGGGUUUAUUGUGAUCUCGUUGCGUGAUUGUAAAGAUGGCUACUAGUGCAAGUGUUCUUGAAAUGAUUAGAAUGGCCAUUAUGUUAGAGAUGGAUAUGGUCGGUAUGUUAAUCACACACAGUGUUUGUGGUUGUAAUUUCCUGAAUGUUGACCCCCAAAAAAGCACCAGAAAUGGAAUGGUUUGUUAAGCAACCGUUCUUCCUCAUAAUUGGCUGGGGUUGUCUGCAAUUUUGUAAUUGGAUGACCUACGGAAGUCUUGCACCAUUGUGUAGUAUUAAGAAAACCUCCUUGGAAAGGCCGAGAAAAACGGCGAAGGAUAGUAAUUAUAUUGAAGCUAAGAAUGAAAUAUCUAUGUAGUAAUUCUCAGUGAUUUAUGAUCAGUGGAUUAAAUUCAAGCAGAUAAAUCUGAAAACUUUAAUCAACUGCACCACACUGUAAAUAUGACGUGCACAAAUGCCAAAUAAAUCUUUUAAAAAGAAAUAAACUGGCCAAUUAGCAGCACGGCACAUCACACGGAAUUGAAGGCAUGUAUUUAUACAUUUGAUGAUUAAUUUCAACGGUAGUAAAAAUUAAUGAAAUCUGCCGAGACGGUUUGUUAUAUUACACACACAAGUAAAACGAGAGAAAGAAAAACAAACUGGAGAAAAUUAGAAUGACUCGCAUUCGGUUACUGCAAUUUUUUUUCUUUCGAGAUGAAAAUUAAUCUGAAGUUGUUUUGCGUUUGGAGGAAGAAAAAAACAAACAAACCCAAGCCAAGCCAUGAUGUCGACUCUCAAAGGAAGAAUUUAUGAUAUGUUCUGUCUGCCAUGUAAGAAUGUGUUGGUACAGAUCAAUUCAAACAUUUGGACAUGAAUUAAUUUCACAAUGAAAAGCCUCAAACUUGAACAAUUGGUGUGUAAACCUUGAAAUAGGUUGCCUGUAUGAUAACGUCACAUUUGUAUUACUAUCACAAGUAGCUGUUUUGUUGUAAACUGAGGCUUGGACUUGUCAAAUUUGAUUUGGUGUAAACAGAAAUGUAUAAACAGUCGGUAUAAAAACCUUGGUGUAUUUAUGCACAAAAUAAUGAAACCUAGAUUACUGUAGUCUUCGGUAGUAUUUGUAUAAAACCACAGUACUGUUUGCUACUGUUCAGUGGACUAAUGCAAGUCUACUCCUUGUGUGCACUUGUGCCAAACUGUCAAAGAAAAAAAAUUGAGAAAAAAAAACUUUAAAAAAAAAACAACUUGAUGUUCAAAACUAAGCGUGUCUUCUAUUUUUGUUUGGACAAAACAAAUUUUUUAUAUUCUAUAUGGGAUGUUUGUUAACGUAGCUCCCUGCUGCUAUGCUCUGCACCCAAACUUCGUUCGCUUAUAUUAUUAUUUUCUUGCAUUUUUGUACUUUUCUUAUGUUCAUGCAGUCAUUUAAUAGUAUAUAUCUGAUUAUUUUUCAUUAUGGUACACGUAUAUUUAUCACAUGCCAGAUAAAUUCCUUUUUUUCCUCAUUUGUUUAUAUUGUUUAUUCAGUUUUGGUUAGUUUUGAUUUAGUACAUUGCUUAAUAAGUUUUGUAUUUCUGGUCAUGUGAUUAAACGUAAUGAGGUACUAAAACGAAAAAAAA